GUUUUAACGCCAUCCGUCUGCCCUGCCUUUUCACACUUACUCUGGAAUACAGGAUUUGAAGUUAUUUUGCUUUUUAAGCUCAGGUGUUAUCUACAAAUCUCAACAUGCGAUUUCUCUACAUCAGUGCUGUUUUCACGUUACUUUUUAGAGCUGGCUCUGGGACCACUGAAGGCUACAAUGAUUUUAUAGAGGAAGACGUCUCUCCACAACUUGACUACAAAGACCCGUACUGGUGCCACUCUCCGGGCCUGACCAAUGGGGAGGUAACUUGCCGCUCCCCUCGUGGCCCGUCCUACCGCAGCACCCUUGGGACCCGCUGUGACAUGAAGUGUGACCCGGGAUACAGACUUAUAGGAAGGAACGCCAUUCAGUGCCUUGCCAACCGCCGCUGGUCUGGAACAGCUAUUUGUCGCAAGAUGCGUUGCCAUGUUUUGCCCCUUGCUUAUCAUGGAAGUUACACCUGCAGCCAGGGAUUUAUGGUGGACUCCAGGUGUGACUUCAGGUGUGACCCUGGCUACCGCUUCGAAGGGGAGCACUCACGCACCUGUCUGAAGUCUGGCCUGUGGAGUGGGGUCCAACCAGUCUGUUCAGACAUGGAUCCCCCAAAGAUCAAGUGCCCUCUCUCCAGACUGAAGUUUGCUCAGCCUGGUAAGCUGGUGGCUACAGUCUCCUGGGAUCGACCAGUGGCCUCAGAUACUGCUGAUAAAUCACUUGAGGUUAUACUUGUCGGUCCAGAGCCAGGCUCUGAAUUUAAAGAAGGACCCACCAUUAUCCGAUACAAGGUUUAUGAUCAGGCCAAAAAUAGAGCUGCCUGCAAGUUUAUAGUCCGCGUUGAAGUGAGAAGAUGUCCUGAGCUGACUCCACCUCUGCAUGGCUACCUCACCUGUUCCUCUGAUGGAAAUAAUUAUGGAGCUACUUGCGAGUACCACUGUGACGGAGGCUAUGAGCGCCGAGGAGUGUUGAGUCGUGUGUGUCAGUUUAACCAAAACUGGGAGGGCCAGCCUGCGCAAUGUGUUCCUCUAGACUUCAAAUCUUCACAUUUAAAAACGGCCUCUUCUCUCCUGGACCAGUUCUAUGAGAAGCGUAGGCUACUCAUUGUCUCUGCUCCAAACAUAACUGACCCAGACUACCAGCUGCAGAACAUGAUGAUACAGACGUCUGACUGUGGCUUAGACCUGAGACAUGUGACAGUGGUUGAGCUGCUGGGCUCUCCGCCGCGUGAGACUGGGCGCAUCAAAGAAGACUCCCUCACAGCCGAUGUCAUUGAGGGUUUAAGACAGACUUUCCGGAUCUCCAGAUCGUACUUCAGCAUGGUGCUUCUGGACGAGCUGGGACUGGACCGAGAGCGCUUCAUUACCCCUGUGUCGUCUGACGAGCUUUUCUCCUACAUCGAUGCCUUUGUGUUGAAUGAGGAGGAGAGAGAGAGACUGGAAAAACACAGAAACCUCUGCCAAUAG